UUCAAAUCAAUUGACACAUGCCAUGCUUGAGACCACAGCGUCCGUCCAUGUCGUUUCGCGCCCUUUCACUCUUUCAAAACUUCAUCCGUCUCUGCAACAACUUCUGGUCGAGAAACUGCUAAAAAUCUUGAAGAAAUGUGGAUCAACCAAGUUUGUACAACAAAUUCACACACGAAUGCUCGUAAACUCCAUCAAAAAAGAAAACUUUCUUCUUUCGAAAGCCAUUGACCUCAACGACUACGCUUAUGCCUCCCGCCUUUUCUCGCAGAUGCAGGAACCAGACGACUACGCUUUCAAUGUCAUGAUCCGCGGAUUAGCCACCACAUGGCGAAAGUUCUCCGCCACUCUCGAACUCUACUAUGAAAUGAAGUUUCAGGGCUUAAAGGCAAAUAAUUUCACUUACCCUUUUGUGUUCAUCGCGUGCGCGAAUCUUCCGGCGCUGAAUCAUGGAAAAUCCGGCCAUUCAUCGAUUUUUAAACUUGGGUUGGAAAGGGAUGCUCAUGUUAAUCACUCUUUGAUUACUAUGUAUGCUAGGUGUCAUGAGCUGCGCUGUGCGCGUAAAGUGUUCGAUGAAAUUGCUGAAAGAGAUUUGGUUUCUUGGAAUUCAAUGAUUUCUGGUUAUUCCCAGAUGGGUUAUGCCAGAGACGCGGUGGGUUUAUUUGGGAGGAUGAAGGAGCAGGGUUUUGAGCCUGAUGAGAUGACGCUAGUUAGUGUUCUGGGGGCAUGUGGGGACUUGGGGGAUUUGAGUUUUGGGAGGUGGUUGGAGGAUUAUGUUGUGGAGAAGAAGAUAGCAAUGAAUUCGUUUGUGGGGUCUGCGUUGAUUGAUAUGUACGGAAAGUGUGGGGAUUUGAUGUCAGCAAGGAGGAUAUUUGAUGGAAUGAGGAAGAAGGAUGUGGUCCCCUGGAAUGCCAUGAUCACGGGAUAUGCACAAAAUGGAAUGUCAGAUGAAGCACUGGUGCUGUUUCGUGGCAUGAAAGAGGCAGGAAUAAGCCCAGAUAAAAUCACAUUGGUUGGAGCAUUAUCCUCAUGUUCUUCAGUUGGGGCCCUUGACAUGGGAAAAUGGAUUGAGGUCUAUGCAUCAGAAAGAGGUUUGCAACAUGAUAUCUUUAUUGCUACUGCUUUAGUUGAUAUGUAUGCAAAAUGUGGGAGUUUAAACGAUGCAUUAAGAGUUUUUGAAGACAUGCCUGUGAAAAAUGAGGUUUCCUGGAAUGCCAUGAUCUGUGCCCUUGCUUUUCAUGGUCAAGCCCGAGAGGCCUUAUCACUAUUUAAGCGCAUGUCAGAGGAUGGUGGGACUGCUUGCCCAAAUGAUAUCACAUUUGUUGGAGUACUUUCUGCAUGUGUGCAUGCUGGACUUGUGGAUGAAGGUCGUGAAUUAUUUUAUCAGAUGAGUUUAUCAUUUGGGUUAAUCCCAAAAGUUGAACAUUAUUCUUGCAUGGUUGAUCUUUUGGCACGAGCAGGACAUCUUCAGGAAGCUUGGGAUAUUGUAGAGACGAUGCCUCAAAAACCGGAUGAAGUCAUAUUGGGGGCAUUGCUUGGUGCCUGUCAGAAGCGCAAGAAUGUAGAUAUUAGUGAGCGGGUGAUGCAACUACUUCUAGAGAUUGAACCUUCAAAUUCUGGAAACUAUAUUAUCUCGUCAAAGAUAUAUGCUAACUUGAGAAGGUGGGAUGAUUCAGCAAGGAUGAGGAUAUUGAUGAGACAGAGAGGUGUAACAAAGACUCCGGGCUGUAGCUGGAUUGAGAUUGGAGAUCAACUUCAUGAAUUUCGUGCAGGUGAUGGCCUACAACAUAACUCAAUGAAUAUUUGCCAACUGUUUAAUUUGCUUAUUGAAGAAAUGAAGAGGGAAGGUUACAUUCCAAAGGUUGACCGUAUAUAAUGAUGAAAAGUUGACUUCUUACUCACCAUUCAUCAAUCUUAUGAGGAACUGGAACAUGAAACUUUUCAUGGAAAUUUUUUGGAACCUGCAAAGGGAUCAUGCAGAAGUACAAACUGAGGUACCAAAAGACAACCGGUCUCUCUUUUGAGGAUAAAAAUGAUAAGAGUUAAGGAGGAUGCUACAUUUUGAAAUCUAAUAUUUUGGUACCAGUGUAGCCUAGCAAUUCUCUUUGGUCAUGACCAUUGCGGUUUUCAAUUGGUUGAGGAAUAUCUAGUUCGGGUUAUAGCUACUGCUAUUAAAGAAAGUUCAUGGCUACAAUCUCAUUGAAAUGCAAACAGAAAGGCUCCUUUCCACAAUUGCCAAUAACACCUACGAAUAUUCCAUGAGUUUGAACCUAUGACCUCUGUGAAAAGAAUGAAGCACUCUACCACUUCGGCUGAUCUGGAAACAGAAGGACUCAUUUGCAUUGGUUAGGCCUGGAUGGGAUGUACAACUUAUUUGGUUUCCUGGUCAUUCUGAUAACAAUGCAUUCUCAUGGCAUGUCAUGUGGAUUGUCCCAAGUUAAACAAUGAUGUUCGCAUGGAUAUCUAUAUAUGACGGGGAUUACAUAGUUGCUUGACAAGUUGGAGAAAGCCCUUUAAACUUCAAUGGCUUUUGGUUUAUGGUUGUCAAGAGCAAGACACUGAAAUUAGCUAUGGAGAUUAGCAGCUGUUUGAAGUGGACAAUAUGGGAAUUGGGUUUUAGCCAACAGCAACAUUUCAGGCCUAAAAUCUCACGCUGAGGCAAAAAUCACAAUGCUAACCUACCCUCUUCUCAGGUAACCUUUUACUCUCAUUUGGACAUAUGACUAUCUUGUUUGCCAGACAAAUCAUUCAUAUAGCCCAUACUUGCAGGGCCUCGAAAUUUUGAGCUCUCUUGGCUGGAUCUCCAUGACAUUUUCUUUUAAAAUUAGUAAGAGAUAAACUAUAAUAUUGUAAUACUACAAACUCCAAUUCAUAUAGCCCA